AUGUCUAGAUCUAACAGUGUCAGCCCACCCGGAGUCGGUGCGCCUGGGUUGAGGGGAGGGACCGAGCACAGAUCAGCUUGGGGAGAGUCUGAGUCUGUGGCCAACGGUUGCCCAUACUCGGCCAGAUCCCCGCGCAAGAAGCUCACCCGGACUAACAGUCGGUGGAGGGAAGAGGAUGAUCUGGACCACCGGCAGCCCGGGCGAGCUUCCACGACCGUCAGCAGGGUCAGCUUCAGGUCCAGGUCGGCUUGGCAGGACCAUGGCGAGGAGAACCGAGACCGCGCGUCCCCUAAACGUCCAGACGACGAGGUGAGACCCAAAUCUGUAGAGCUGGGUCUGGAGGAGCGGAGAGCCAAGCCGAGGACCAACGAGGAGGAGGUCAUGCCCGAUGUAAACUUUUCUUUCGUGGCGUGCUGCACCAGCGUCAUGCACAUUUUCAAGUCCAAGAAAUUCCAGUCAGAGAAGUUGGAGCGGCUCUACCAGCGCUACUUUUUCCGUCUCAAUCAGAGCAGUUUGACUAUGCUCAUGGCAGUGCUGGUGCUGGUCUUCACGGUCAUGCUGGGCUUCCACUGCUCCGGUGGGACAGGGAGGCCGAGCGUAAUUUAUGUGGUGGUAUUUUCCGUUGCCAUCUUCCUCACUCUCAUACUCAUGGUGGUCUGCAACAGGAACGGGUUUCACCAGGACCAUAUGUGGAUUGUGUGCUAUGUGGUCAUCCUGGUGGUGCUGGUGAUCCAGGUGAUCGGAGUGCUGCUCGUGCAACCCAGAAGUGCCUCAGAGGGGAUCUGGUGGACCGUGUUUUUCAUCCAUGUCAUCUACACACUGUUGCCCGUCAGGAUGCGCGCCGCAGUCAUCACUGGAGUUAUUCUUUCCGUCAUCCACGUGGCUGUUUCUUGGAUGUUAAACGGCAUGGACAGCUUUAUGUGGAAACAGAUAGUGUCCAAUGUGCUCAUCUUCUCCUGUACCAACAUCGUGGGAGUGUGCACCCAUUACCCCGCUGAGGGCUCCCAGAGGCAGGCCUUCCAGGAGACCAGGGAAUGCAUCCAAGCUCGCCUCCACUCCCAGAGGGAAAACCAGCAGCAGGAACGUCUCCUGCUCUCAGUGCUUCCCCGCCAUGUUGCCAUGGAGAUGAAAGCUGAUAUAAACGCCAAGCAGGAGGACAUGAUGUUUCACAAGAUCUACAUCCAGAAGCACGACAACGUCAGCAUCUUAUUUGCAGACAUCGAGGGUUUCACCAGUCUGGCGUCCCAGUGCACAGCGCAGGAGCUGGUGAUGACUCUCAAUGAACUUUUCGCCCGCUUUGACAAGCUGGCAGCGGAGAACCACUGUCUGCGGAUCAAGAUCCUGGGAGAUUGCUACUACUGUGUGUCUGGGCUGCCAGAGGCAAGGGCUGACCAUGCUCACUGCUGUGUGGAGAUGGGGUUGGACAUGAUAGAGGCCAUCUCGCUGGUACGGGAGGUGACUGGGGUGAAUGUGAACAUGCGAGUGGGUAUCCACAGUGGCAGGGUGCACUGUGGAGUGCUGGGACUCAGGAAGUGGCAGUUUGAUGUCUGGUCCAAUGAUGUCACGUUAGCCAAUCAGAUGGAAGCUGGGGGGAAAGCUGGGCGUAUUCAUAUCACUAAGGCCACUCUGAAUUAUCUGAAUGGGGACUACGAUGUGGAGCCAGGAGCAGGGGUAGAAAGAAACGCCUACCUGAAGAAGCACAACAUAGAAACCUACCUCAUUGUGGGCUGCAGUCAGAAAAGGAAAGAGGAGAAGGCGAUGAUAGCCAAAAUGAACCGACAGAGGACCAAUUCUGUCACCCACAACAGCGGCCACUGGACUGAUCGUCCGUUCUACAACCAUCUGGCCGGAAACCAGGUCUCCAAGGAGAUGAAGAGGAUGGGUUUUGAAGACCCCAAGGACAAGCAUUUCAUUUUCAGAAACACACAGGAAAACCUAAACCCGGAGGACGAGGUGGACGAGUUCCUGGGCCGCGCCAUCGACGCACGCAGCAUCGACCGUCUGCGCUCUGAACACGUCAAGAAAUUCCUGCUCACCUUCAGAGAGCCUGACCUGGAGAAAAAGUACUCCAAACAGGUGGACUCGAGGUUCGGGGCUUACGUGGCCUGCGCCUCCCUCGUUUUUCUCUUCAUCUGCUUCAUCCAGAUCGUCAUUGUGCCACCCUCUAGUCUGAUGAUCGGCUUCUUUAUCACCUGUCUAAUUGUCCUGACGACUGUCAUGUUCGUCUCAGUUGUCUACUGCUGUUUUGGGCUGUUCCCAGUCCCUCUGCAGACGCUUUCUAAGAGAAUAGUCCAGUCUAGACUGAACAGCACCCUGGUGGGCGUCUUUACAAUCAUCAUUGUCUUUCUUUCUGCUUUCAUCAAUAUUUUCACCUGCAGCAGCCACGACCUGCGGAGCUGCAUCAAAGCUGAGCUCAACAUCAGCCUGGACAGCGUGAAUGCCUGCCACGCCCACGUCCUCAACUACAGCCUGGACUCCCAGCACAGCCCCUGUGGAGACGACAUCCUCAUCUGCAGCUUUCCUGAGUACUUCUCGUCCUGUGUGCUGCUGAGCCUGCUGGCCUGCUCAGUCUUCCUGCAGGUCAGCAGCAUCGGUAAACUGUUCCUCAUGCUCUUCAUUGAGCUGCUAUACCUUCUCAUCAUGGAGGUGCCCAAAGUCAGCCUCUUUGACAACCAGGACCUGCUGGUCAUGGCCAAUGCCAUCAACGCUGUCGAGCACAUGAAUGGAACAAGCUGUGUGGUGGACUCCAAGGUUCCUCUGAAGAUCAUGACCCCAGUGGUCAUCACUGUCUUCGUUCUCGCCCUUUACCUUCAUGCUCAGCAGGUGGAGUCCACGGCCAGGCUCGACUUCCUCUGGAAGCUUCAGGCCACAGAGGAGAAGGAGGAGAUGGAGGAGCUGCAGGCCUACAACCGGCGUCUGCUUCAUAACAUCCUGCCCAAAGAUGUGGCCGCCCACUUCCUGCAACGCGAGCGGCGUAAUGACGAGCUCUACUACCAGUCGUGUGAAUGCGUCGCAGUCAUGUUCGCCUCCAUCAGCAACUUCUCCGAGUUCUACGUGGAGCUGGAGGCCAACAACGAGGGCGUGGAGUGUCUGCGGCUGCUCAACGAGAUCAUUGCUGACUUCGAUGAGAUCAUUAGUGAGGAUCAGUUCCGUCAACUGGAGAAGAUCAAGACCAUCGGCUCCACCUACAUGGCGGCCUCCGGCCUCAACGACUCAACAUACGACAAGGCCGGGCGCUCACACAUCCGCGCUCUGGCCGACUACGCCAUGAGGCUGAUGGACCAGAUGAAAUACAUCAAUGAACACUCCUUUAAUAACUUCAAAAUGAAAAUAGGACUUAACAUUGGCCCUGUGGUUGCUGGGGUGAUCGGGGCCAGGAAGCCUCAGUAUGACAUCUGGGGGAACACAGUGAAUGUGGCAAGUCGCAUGGACAGCACAGGUGUACCAGAGAGGAUCCAGGUGACCGCAGACCUGUACCAGGUACUGAGCUCCUAUAACUACACACUGGAGUACAGAGGCGUGGUCACGGUCAAGGGCAAAGGAGAGAUGAUGACCUACUUCCUUACCAGUGGACCCUCUAGCAGUUAACCUACACUAAAAUGACAGACAAGACACGUGGGGUUUAAGCGCCUUAACUCCGCCUCUGUCAUAAUGAGCAGCCUCAUGGACCUCUGACAACUUACAGUGGACUGAGACCAACCGAAGCGUCUCUUCUCACAGCGCAGAACCCUUCUUGAAUCUACUGAGGCCACAGUGAGGAGGGAUGAGGAAACUCAUCCGAAAGCUCAGCUUGCGGAGGAGACUAAGUGGGAGAGGCCUAGCUAGCCUGACUCUGACGCUGAGACCAAAGAUGUCCAAUCAGAGCGUCAAGACAGAUUUGUGAGGUCCUAAAGGAAAAAUGUUCUCUGAGAAAUUUUAAUUGCUUCAGUCUGCCAGAUUUUCUGAGGGGUUUGGACAAACCUGCGGGAAGACGUAAACUACGUCACUUCCUCUCUUUCUCUGCCUUUUUCCUGCUGAAGUAUAUAUGUACACGUAAAACAGACAGUUUUAUGUGUAUGUAUAAGAUUUUAUGUACUGUAUGUAAAACACAUUUUGUCCAUGUUGUGAUACAGGUACAAAUCUCUCAAGUGUGGCACCACAGCACUACCUGUCUUUGUAUCGAUAUCUGAUAUAUCAUGUCAGCAAUUAACCGAUUAACAGAAGAGUUGCACUAAGUUGUGUCUUAAUGGUGAAGAAAGUCUUUCAGGUGAGGACGUCCCUCAGAGACAGUUUGAGCUGUUUUUUGUAAGAACAGACAGGAAAAGCUUAACAGUGUUUACAGAAAGUUUCCCGUCAGACAUAUAAAAUCAACUCACUGCAGUAUCAACAGCAUAUACACACACCUUAAACACAAAGAGGAUGUCAAUGAAGAGCUUUUUCUAAUCUUCGACAUUUUAUAUUUUGACUCCAGAACACCAAACCCUAUCAGAUAUUUUAAGAUUCUAUAUUUUGUACAUUAAUAUAUAUUAGAGAGGUAUCUAUAAACACCAACGUGUAUUCAGAUGUACAUACUCUUAUCACACACAUGUUGGGAUUUCAGAAAUCCUCACUAGUGUUGCCUGGUCUUAAAGUGGAGCCACAGCUGAUGUACCAUUAACUUCAGCCUAUCGACGCACUCGAACGCCCGUUUUUCUUGCUCUUUUCGCAGAAUUGAGAUUUUUUCGAUCUGCAGGAAGUCAACCGUUGGCUGAUUAGAAGGGUGUUUCUGAUGACUCCCUUCUCUCAGUGUGUUUAAAUCUCACGGUGAGAAGGAAGCGUCACACCGAGCGAGUGCGCACUUUGAAUGACAGACUAGAGGACGGGAGUGCAUCAGUCUCGGUGCUCAAAAGCCAUUUUGCACUCCAGUGCAUCCAGCCGUCCAACCCUUCCAGCACCGCUCCACAUCUCCCCCUCUUGCUUGCUCAAUCAGAUGGUACGACCCAAUGAAUGUCCAAUGAUCUCCGAUGAGGCCUUUAACAUGAACUCUAUACUAAUGAUGGUGAUGAUGCUCAUCCUGUGGACAGGGAAAGACCAGCCCAUAUGGAAAUGUAUCCUUUUAUCUGCUGUUUUUUUUUUCUUAUCAGAGCAGUUUUCUUCAGUAUUACAACAGUACUCAGCAUGUCACUCAACAAACUGUUUUUAACCUGGCCGUGUCCGUAGAUUUUUGUGAUUUUUAGUGGUUCCUACCAAACACUACAGCUGGUUCUGUUUGUUUUGGCUGAGUCGCACAGUACAGCAGUCAGUAAAUGUCUGGAGGGGACUGUCAAGUUCUUAUAUAGAGGAAUAUAGCAAAUUUGGGACGGGAGCUUAAAGGAUAAGGCCAACAUUAUUCAGUAUUUUUUUUUUCCUGUCAGCAAAUCUCAUGAGAGCACCAAAAUCAACAAUGUGUUACUUUCUGACUUCUCUACACACAUUACACCCUCAGGCUAUUUGUUCCUUGUGAGGACAUAAAUCUUUCAAACGCUGUAGUUGUUAGGAAACAUUACCCAAACAGGACUAAGUAGAUUAUUAAGUUGGACUAUUUGUGUUUUUAAAGCACUUUCGUUACUCUACACUAGUGAGCGCUUACUCCACCAGGACAUGGUGGAGUAAACGUUGUGGCACUGACUUAAAAUGAAACACAAUCUAUGGCGUCUUGACUGUGCCACCACAGUUAACUGUAGACUUUUUAAGUUUUUAAACAGAAUCUAUUAAUAUACUCAUCAAUUUCAAGAAGCCGUAAGAAUUGAAUUAAGUAAAAAAUGAAGAUUUAAAGUCAGAAUCACAAAAUAGAUAUAAACAGAUGAGCAAAUUUAACCUAUUUUGAAUUUUAUAAUUCAGGAUUCAAAUGAAAAUUCGACAUAUAAAAUUGAUCCAAUAAAACAGCAGGUAAAGCAGGUAAUGCUUUUCAUGGGGUUUGUUGACAGUUAAAAAAAAAAUGUAGAUAAGCACCAGACUUAUCCUUCAAACACUGAUGGUUUGGCUUUUAGUUUCCUGUUUGAAAAUAACAAGCGAAACUUGGCACUUAGAAGGUUUGCUUUUAGUCUGUACAAUGGAAAGCCUAUGCUGGUCUACUCUGGUGGUUUGUUUUGCUAAUGUACUGUACCGCUGCAACCAUUACCACACACCACUACUAAAAAUUUAAGUGUCAUCCCAUCUGACUCACUGAAUGCAGUGCCAUUCUAUGCCCAUGUGAGCCCUUUGUUUUCUACUGUUCAUUGUGCAGGAUUGUGCCAUUAGAAAACACAAGGGGUGAGAGAAAAGGCACAGAUCUGAGAUGAGGGGUGCAGCUAUGAGGUGUCUGAGCGAAUAUAUUCUUAGACUUAAAGAACAGGAAGAGCUCACCUCCUUUUCAUUUCUGCAGCUGAGGAUCCUCAUGAUGACUCUGACAAGAUGACAAGAUGAGGCAGCGUCUGUGACAAAAACAGCUUCAGAGACAAAAUCAUGGUUGUUUUUGUUGUCAUGCCAAACACUAUGCUCUUUUGUUGUUGUUUUUUUUUACAGUCAAAUAAACUGCUGAGAUGUU